AUGGCACGAGCAGGACCCGUGCACCCGGAGAAUGAGAACCGCUCUGAGCCCAGAGACAUACCGUCAAAUACAAGAACCAGUUGGCAUUUCUCUCUGCCUCCCUACUUGUGUAAUAUAAUAUGUCAAGCCAGCGGACCGUGUCCUCCUUCUCCGAAACUUGUCCCUUCUCUACUGAACGCGCAACAUAGCUGUCCUUGUCGUUGCACAGACGGGAAUGUCAACACGGCAAGAUGGUCCGCAUAGCGAGCGUCCUGGGUUUGAUGAUGUUCAGUGUCGCUCUGCUCAUACUCUCAUUGAUCAGCUACGUGUCAAUAAAGAAAGAUUUUCUCUUCAUGACCCCCAAAUAUGCAAAUUCAGGGGGGCCUCGGAUGUAUAUGUUCCAUGCGGGAUUUCGGUAAGUAAUGUAAGAUAUCGCAAUCGAAGCGUGUAGGCUGCUACUAAAUGUGGAUAGCACUGAACUGUGCAUGAUUUGACAGCUGCAUUCUUGUAGCAUAUACAUGUAUAACUGGCUUUAUUAUCAUACAGCCUGUAAUGGUACGUUUUUAUUUCGAGAAUAGCAGUUGGGGGAGACUGAUUCUCAAACCAAAGGUUUCAUAUUAGGGAGGUUUAUGUCGUAGGUAGUAGACUACACCACAAACCAAAAGGCCUACACUGUCACAGUAGAAGUCUGACUUCUCUGUUGGUUGUCUCUCAUCAUAUUCUAAGGUUAUAUCAAUAAUCAACACAUCCACAUUUCACACGAUUAGGCUAUUGAUUUAGUGAAUUACCGGCUGUCCGUGUUUUUUUAUUCACCUGAUGUCGAAACUCAGCCGAAUGAAUGAAUGAAUAGCCUAACCUACAACAACAAUCCCGCCCACCCGUCGAAAAUAGAGCAUCAUUUAAUCCCGGGUUGGUCAGGAAGAAGAAGCACAGCGCAUGUUCUAAGUCUCGUACUGCUGUGAGGGCUUUGCCACAAGGCCCGUGUGUUAUGAUGCUCAGCUAGAGAGGUCGUGAACGUGCAGCUGACACCAUGGCCACUGGCUGCUUUUGUAUUCUCUAGCUCGAGGGAGCUGUCCUUGGUUCUGAUUUACACGUGGCGGUAGAUUCAUUUCCACCCCGUAAUCAUUCCUUCUUUUGUUGCAGGAAGCCAAGGUUAUGUGGGAGAGGGAGGGAGGGAGCCAUUUUGCAGCAAUGAGAAAUUCGCUUCAGGGGACAGAUACAGUGCAUUCGGAAAAUAUUCAGACCCCUUGACUUUUUCCACAUUUUGUUACGUUACAGCCUUAUUCUAAAAUUGAUUAAAUAAAAAAAAUCUAAGUGAAAACAGGUUUUUAGAAAUGUUUGCAAAUGUAUACAAAAAACAAAACAGAAAUACCUUAUUUACAUAAAUAUUCAGACCCUUUGCUUUGAGACUCGAAAUUGAGCUCAGGUGCAUCCUGUUUCCAUUGAUCAUCCUUGAGAUGUUUCUACAACUUGAUUGGAGUCCACCUGUAGUAAAUUCAAUUGAUUGGCCAUGAUUUGGAAAGACACACACCAGUCUAUAUAAGGUCCCACAGUUGACAGUGCAUGUCAGAGCAAAAACCAAGCCAUGAGGUCGAAGGAAUUGUCUGUAGAGCUCCGAGACAGGUUUGUGUCGAGGCAGAGAUCUGGGGAAGGGUACCAAACAAUUUCUGAAGCAUUGAAGGUCCCCAAAAACACAUUGGCCUCCAUCAUUCCUAAAUGGAAGAAGUUUGGAACCACCAAGACUUCUCCUAGAGCUGGCCGCCCGGCCAAACUGAGCAAUCGGGGGAGAAGGGCCUUGGUCAGGGAGGUGAUGGUCACUCUGACAGAGCUCCAGAGUUCCUCUGUGGAGAUGGGAGAACCUUCCAGAAGGACAACCAUCUCUGCAGCACUCCACUAAUCAGGCCUUUAUGGUAGAGUGGCCAGACGGAAGCCACUCCUCAGUAAAUGGCACAUGACAGCCCGCUUGGAGUUUGCCAAAAGUCGCCUAACAGACUCUUAGACCAUGAGAAACAAGAUUCUCUGGUCUGAUGAAACCAAGAUUGAACUCUUUGGCCUGAAUGCCAAGCGUCACGUCUGGAGGAAACCUGACACCAUCCCUAUGGUGAAGCAUGGUGGUGGCAGCAUCAUGCUGUGGGGAUGUUUUUCAGCGCAGUGGACUGGGAGACAGUCAGGACGAGGGAAGAACGGGCAAAACAGAGAUCUGUGAAACUGCUCCAGAGCGCUCAGGACUUCAGACUGGGGCGAAGGUUCACCUUCCAACCAGGACAACGAACCCUAAGCACACAGCCAAGACAAUGCAGGAGGGUCUUAGGACAAGUCUCUGAAUGUCCUUGAGUGACCCAGCCAGAGCCCGGACUUGAACCUGAUCGAACAUCUCUGGAGAGACCUGAAAAUAGCUGUGCAGCAAUGCUCCCCAUCCAACCUGACAGAGCUUGAGAGGAUCUGCAGAUAAGAAUGGGAGAAACUCCACAAAAUACAGGUGUGCCAAACUUGUAGCGUCAUACCCAAGAAGACUCAAGGCUGUAAUUGCUGCCAAAGGUGCUUCAACAAAGUACUGAGUAAAGGGUCUGAAUACUUAAGUAAAUGUGCUAUUUCCAUUUUAAUUUUUUUAUCAAUUAGCAAAAUUUGAUAAAAACCUGUUUUUGCUGUGUCAUUAUGGGGUAUUGUGUGUAGAUUGAUGAGAAAAACAAACAAAUGAAUCAAUUUUAGAAUAAGGCUGGAAAAAGUCAAGGGGCCUGAAUACUUUCCGAAUGCACUGUAGCCAUUCCCCCCAGCCCAGUAUUUUGUCCUGUUUUAUUCUUGUUUUUUGAUUAUAAUUAGGCUACUGUAAAGUGAACCCUCACAGUUACUACAUGUAUAUCUGAAUCAAUUAAAUGAAGUGUGUCCCAAAUUGCAUUCUAUUCCCUACAUAGUGCACUACUUUUGACCAGAGCCCUAUAGAAAAUAGGGUGCCAUUUGGGACACGGCCCAUACUGUAUAUUUAAAAAGUAUUCCCCCCGUCAUAACAUCAUCAUAACACACCAUGUUUUAUCCCAACAGCCAUGGUCCAAUCCCUUCACAAGUACGAUACCAUCAGGACGUCAUGCAACCAAUUGACAUCAGGUGGCCUGACGGUUAAGCAAAUCGAACGUUUUUAGACUGCCAGUGUAGGCUACACAGAUGUGCGCCCCCAACUGGAACCAUAUUCCCUAUAUAGUGCACUACUUUUGACCAGAGCCCUAUGGGUCCUGAUCAAAAGUAGUGCACUAUAUUGGGAAUAGGGUGCCAUUUGUGACACACAUCCAGGCAGUGCAUGAUGCUAUCCUCCCAUAAAACUAAUAAUGGCAGUGCUUGCUAGCUAGCUAGCCUACAUGCUAAUGCUAUUGCUAGCCUUGGAGCAGACAGGCAUCAUAUCCUUUUCACACUACUGACCCAAACCAAGCCAAUGCUGGACUGGGCAGGUUCGAGUCAGCACCGUUGUGUGAAUCGGGCAAAAGUGUCCAAUUGCAUGGGUCUAAUAAUAACACUGCAAUGAAAUGGAAUGACCGCUUUAAAAAAACGGGAAAUAUAACUAUGGAAUCGGGCAGUGAAUGAGGGUUGAAAUAAAGGAGGAAGGUUACGGGAAGGUGAGAAGAGGGUGCGGGAACAGAGGAAAUUUAGGUAAAGAGGGGGUGUGGAACAAGGAGAGGAAGAGGGUGGAGGGGAGCGAUGAGGGUGAAGGAGAGGAGGGGGUUAGGGUAGGGAGGGUGAAGGAGAGGAGGGUGGAGGAGAGGAGGGUGGCGGGGAGGAGAGGAGAGUGGAGGAGAGGAGGGUGGGAGGAGAGGAGAGGUAGGAGGGAGGGUGGCGGAGGAGAGGAGAGGAGAGGAGGAUAAUAGAGGACGGUGGUGAGGGUGGAGGACAGGAGAGGAGAGUGGAGGACAGGACAGGAGAGGAUGGUGUAGGCAACAGUGACUAGGGUCUGUUUUAAAUGAUGGACUCUUUAGGCAUAGAGGAACUACGUCACCGCCUAUGUCACUACUUUAUCCGCUUGAAAAAAUUAUAAAAUAGUACCUGGGCAAGAUGGAGAUCACAGAGGUUAUUUUUAAUGAUUCCAUUUCGGGAAGUGGCUAGUUUGCAUCAACUUCCUUCACUAAAAGCACUGCAAAGGUUUUGCCUGCAAACUUUGGUUUCAAAUCGCGAUGUUCUGGCAGGUCUGCCUUGUGAUUUGUUGAAGACAGACAACUAUUUAUUUCCCUUAUCAACAAUUUUUUUCCCCUUAUCAUUAUUUUUUUUGCCCUUAUCGAAGUUACCAAAAGAGUCUGUCGUUGAAACUAGAACCUAGUCACUGUUGCCUAGGGCCGGGUUUACGAGGCUAAGGGUGGUAAGGCUGGAGGACAGGAGAGGAGGGUGGAGGACAGGAGAGGAGGGUGGAGGACAGGAGAGGAGGGUGGAGGACAGGAGAGGAGGGUGGAGGAGAGGAGAGGAGGCUGUAGGACAGGAGAGGAGGGUGGAGGAGAGGAGAGGAGGGUGGAGGAGAGGAGAGGAGGGUGGAGGAGGAGAGGAGAGGAGGGUGGAGGAGAGGAGAGGAAGGGGGAGGAGAGGAGAGGAUGAGGAGGGGGGAGGAGAGGAGAGAGAGGCGGGUGGAGGACAGGAGGUGGAGAGGAGAGGAGAGGAAGGUGGAGGAGAGGAGAGAGGGGGAGGAGAGGAGAGGUGGAGGGAGGAGAGGAGAGGAGGGGAGGAGGAGAGGAGAGGAAGGGAGGGGAGGAAGGAGAGGAGGGUGGAGGAGAGGAGAGGAGAGGAGAGGAGAGGAGAGGGGUGGAGGAGAGGAGGGGAGAGGAAGGGGAGGAGAGGAGGGUGGAGGAGAGGAGAGGAAGGGAGAGGGAAGGAGAGGAGGGUGGAGGAGAGGAGAGGAGGGGGAGGAAGGAGAGGAGGGUGGAGGAGGAGGGAGAGGAGAGGGGAGGAGGGAGAGGAGAGGAGGUGGAGGAGAGAGAGGAGGGUGGAGGAGAGGAGGGGGGAGGAGAGGAUGAGGAGGGGGAGGAGAGGAGAGGAGAGGAGGGUGGAGGACAGGAGAGGAGGGUGGAGGAGAGGAGAGGAGAGGGGAGGAAGGAGAGGAGAGGAGAGGAGAGGAGAGGAGAGGAGAGGAGAGGAGAGGAGAGGAGAGGAGAGGAGAGGAGAGGAAAGGAGGGUGGGGAGAGGAGGGUGGAGGAGAGGAGAGGAGAGGAGAGGAAGGUGGGGGACAGGAGAGGAGGGUGGAGGAGAGGAGAGGAAGGUGGAGGGCAGGAGAGGAGGGUGGAGGAGAGGAGAGGAGGGUGGAGGACAGGAGAAGAGGGUGGAGGAGAGGAAGGUGGAGGAGAGGAGGGUGGAGGAGAGGAGAGAAGGGUGGAGGAGAGGGUGUUGGACGCUGAUCAGGCCCUGCUUCUACCAGCUUUCCGCCACCCAGUAACAUCAGAACCAACUGGGCCGGCCUCCCUUCCCUCUCUAAUGGACACAACCCACUGUUUCUGUGGUUGUCUCUGUCAAAAUAGGAGGUUGGUUCUUCUUACACUAAAUAAACAAACUAUUUUUUUCUGGCUUGGAGUUGCAUUAGCAGGGGACAAUAGACUACUUACGGGUAGACACUAACGUUUUGGUCCAAGCCUUCUCUAGUGUGUAUCAAUGUGUCUGUACAACAGGUCUCAGCUGGCCAUGAAGUACCUGGACCCGGCCUUCACCCCUCUGACCAAGGCCCUGAAUGAGGGCCUGCAGGAGAACGCCUCCAAAUGGAGAUAUAACAGAACGGCAUUCACAGAACAGAGGUGACGUAGUCUAUAGGAUACAUCUGGGUGCUGUUCAGUAAGCACUAACGUUGCAAAACAUUUACAACAGAGAACUGUUGUUAUUGGACACAUUCAGGUUGUGCCCUUCCCGUUUCCAAAUGUUGUGUGCCUAAUGAACAUGACCCAGGCCAGGCAUAGUCUCUGGUGACAGCCUUAAUAGUAAAUGUUAGUAGCUGGUUCUGGUGACAGCCUUAAUAGUAAAAUGUUAGUAGCUGGUUUGGUUCUGAUUUUGGUGCCAAUAUUAUUUAGACCAGACACUAAGCUACAGACCUGGGUUCAAAUGCAUGCAUUUUCAAGUAUUUGUAUUUUAAAUACUUAUUUUCUGUGUAUUGAGUAUUUUCAAAUAAUGUGGCCGAAUCAACUAAUAGUAUUUUGGGUAUUUGAAAGUAUUUUCUAAUAAUACUAGGCUAUUUGAAACUAUUUUCCAUAUACAUUUCAAAUCCCCCUAGGACCAAACCAACUUGGGUUCAAAUACCCAUACGACCAAACAGACCUGGGUUCAAAUGCAUGGAGUAUUUAAAUAUUUGUAUUUGAAAAAACAUGCCAGUACUUUCCGAAUGUAUUUCCAAAUACAUUCUAAUAUUCAACUACCUGUAUAUAUAUAUAUUAUUUUUUUCCCAAAUACAUACUUCGAUAUGUGAAAGUAAUUGAAAUACUUAAAAUAGUAUUUGAACCCAGGUCUGCUAAUCUAUGGGGUGUAUAUUUACAAUAUAUACAAAAAGUGUGCAUCCCAAUUGGCACCCUAUUCCCUAUAUAGUGCACUACUUUUGACCAGAGCCUUCUGGGCCUUGAAUAGGAAAUAGGGUGCUAUUUGGGACGCAUCUAACAUUCCCCCCCCCCCCCUGUCUGAUCUCCCCAUCUCUUCCAGAAAAGAGAUCUCUCAGCACAUCGACAUCGCCCACAACUUCACCCUGACCCGGAGCAGCGUGCGCGUGGGUCAGCUGAUGCAUUACGACUACUCCAGCCACAAGUACGUCUUCUCCGUCGGAGAGAACUUCAAGUCCCUGCUCCCCGAGGCCUCCCCCAUCGUCAACAGGCACUACAACGUGUGCGCCGUGGUGGGCAACAGCGGCAUCCUCACAGGGAGUCGCUGCGGCCCCGAGAUCGAGAAGUUUGACUUCGUCUUCCGCUGCAACUUCGCUCCCACCGAGAUCUUCCGCCGGGACGUGGGGCGGAGGACCAACCUCACGACCUUUAACCCCAGCAUCCUGGAGAAGUACUACAACAAUCUGCUGACCAUCCAGGACAGGAACAACUUCUUCCUGAGUCUCAAGAAGCUGGACAGGGCCAUACUCUGGAUCCCUGCCUUCUUCUUCCAUACCUCGGCCACGGUGACCAGGACCCUGGUGGACUUCUUUGUGGAGCACAGAGGACAGCUGAAGGUUCAGCUAGCGUGGCCUGGCAACAUCAUGCAGUACGUCAACAGGUAACACUGGACACACCUGACUGGUUGAUUUAUUUAUUGAUUGAUUGGUUGAUAAUGUUAUUGUCCUUCAAGAGGAAGAAAAAAAAAUGUCACUGCUCACAAGUAACAUAGAAUCACAACUGGACACACCCAACAUAGCAUUGGACACACCCAAAACAGCAUAGUAUGUUAUUCUCAGAAAAAGAUUAUGAAAUCUGAGGUAUUUGAAGCCAUUUUCUUUCCAUGCAUUUCACUAUAACCUCACCACCAGUGACAUGAAAACGACUUAUAUCAUUGACCAACAAUAUGCAUAUAUUAUAAUGAAGUGGCUAGUUGUGUAGCUAGGUCUCCUCCUCUAUAGUGAUCAGGAGGGUAUUGACUUGGAUUGAGCUGUAUGAUAUGGAGAGAGGGGAAUUUAGAACGGGAAGCUCCCAGCUUAUAAGGAGAGAUCUGUCUGUGAGUGGAUCUGGAACAGAGAGAGAUCUGUCUGUGGAUGGGACUGGAACAGAGAGAGAUCUGUCUGUGAGUGGAUCUGGAACAGAGAGAGAGAUCUGUCUGUGGAUGGGACUGGAACAGAGAGAGAUCUGUCUGUGAGUGGAUCUGGAACAGAGAGAGAUCUGUCUGUGAGUGGAUCUGGAACAGAGAGAGAUCUGCCUGUGAGUGGAUCUGGAACAGAGAGAUCUGUCUGUGAAUGGAUCUGGAACAGAGAGUGAUCUGUCUGUGAGUGGAUCUGGAACAGAGAGAUCUGUCUGUGAGUGGAUCUGGAACAGAGAGAGAUCUGUCUGUGAGUGGAUCUGGAACAGAGAGAGAUCUGUCUGUGAGUGGAUCUGGAACAGAGAGAGAUCUGUCUGUGGAUGGGACUGGAACAGAGAGAGAUCUGUCUGUGAGUGGAUCUGGAACAGAGAGAUCUGUCUGUGAGUGGAUCUGGAACAGAGAGAGAUCUGUCUGUGAGUGGAUCUGGAACAGAGAGAGAUCUGUCUGUGAGUGGAUCUGGAACAGAGAGAGAUCUGUCUGUGAGUGGAUCUGGAACAGAGAGAGAUCUGUCUGUGAGUGGAUCUGGAACAGAGAGAUCUGUCUGUGAGUGGAUCUGGAACAGAGAGAGAUCUGUCAGUGAGUGGAUCUGGAACAGAGAGAGAUCUGUCUGUGAGUGGAUCUGGAACAGAGAGAGAUCUGUCUGUGGAUGGGACUGGAACAGAGAGAGAUCUGUCUGUCAGUGGAUCUGGAACAGAGAGAGAUCUGUCUGUGAGUGGAUCUGGAACAGAGAGAGAUCUGUCUGUGAGUGGAUCUGGAACAGAGAGAGAUCUGUCUGUGAGUGGAUCUGGAACAGAGAGAGAUCUGUCUGUGAGUGGAUCUGGAACAGAGAGAGAUCUGUCUGUGAGUGGAUCUGGAACAGAGAGAGAUCUGUCUGUGAGUGGAUCUGGAACAGAGAGAGAUCUGUCUGUGAGUGGAUCUGGAACAGAGAGAGAUCUGUCUGUGAGUGGAUCUGGAACAGAGAGAGAUCUGUCUGUGAGUGGAUCUGAGCUUAAUUUCAGAAGAGACUGGGGAUGUGUCCUAAACGACACCCUAUCCCCUAUAUAGUGCACUACUUUUGACCAGAGCUCUAUGGGCCCAUGUUGAAAGUAGUCUGCCAUAAUGCAAAUAAGGUGCCAUUUGGGACAGAGACUGGUUGUACUGUAAUCUCCCUCAAUCCCAUGAAAGUGACCUGCUCAGACAGAAUUACUCCAUUUAAGAAGCUCAGUCCGCCUUAAGACACCUUAAGUGUCUGUUGUGUCCAUUGUUAAGGGACCAAUUGUAUUUUCCUUCCAGUAGGGAAUGUGAUAAAGCAUCAAUGGUUUAAAUUGGUUUUCUAUUUAAUACUGGAGCAAUUACAGAUGAACACACAAUCACACGCACACACACACACACGUACACAUGUUGUCAUGGCUUCACCGAUGUUAUCGCUCCGCCCCGCUCUGUUUUCCUAACCAUCCUAUUACCAUUCCUCCUCCUUCUUCUUCUCUUCUUCUUCCUUCUUCUUCUUCUUCUUCUUCUUCUUCUUCUUCUUCUUCUUCUUCUUCUUCUUCUUCUUCUUCUUCUUCUUCUUCUUCUUCUUCUUCUUCUUCUUCUUCUUCUUCUUCUUCUUCUUCUUCCUAAAUCCAAUAUGUUGGUGUCUGUUAGAUACUGGAACACCGUACCCGAACCCAUUCUAACAGUACCCAUUCUAACAGUACCCAUUCUAACAGAACCCAUUCUAACCCUGUCUGUUCUGUUGGUCUGUGCUGUAGAUAUUGGAAGACCAAGCAGCUGUCACCGAAGCGGCUGAGCACGGGGAUCCUCAUGUACACUCUGGCCUCAUCCAUGUGUGAGGAGAUCCACCUGUACGGCUUCUGGCCCUUUGGCUGGGACCCCAACACGGGCAAGGAGCUGCCCUACCACUACUACGACAAGAAGGGUACCAAGUUCACCACCAAGUGGCAGGAGUCCCACCAGCUGCCAGCAGAGUUCAAACUACUCUAUAAGAUGCACACGGAGGGACUUAUCAAACUAACGCUCUCACAUUGUGCCUAG